CUGGGUGCCUGAGAUCAGAAUGGAAGAAUUAAAAUAUUACCAGAAAAUCUGGCGGUUUAGAAAAAGUGCUUUUCAUCUCAUGAUUUGCCUCCACAAAGUAGCGAGUGACAGGCAGCAGCCUUAGCCUCUGAUAUGGAUGGAGCAUGUUGAAAUCCGGCUCCGGGUUUUGCGAGAAGCUCACUCCCGACCGGCGGCUCACGGAUGACCGCGCUGAGUCAGACGCACCAUUGAUGUGAGCUCUCCCUGACGCCCAGCCUUUCAGCUGCAGGGGCUUCCUUCUUCGGGGCCGCGCUCUGUUCUCUGUGUCACCUUGCAUUGUGCUGUUGGGCCUUGCUUCCAUGCAAUAUGGCUGUUAGUGGUUGGCUAACGCUUGUAUUCUUACUCAACACUAAAGUCAUCUUAUGCCAUCUGGUAGAAGCGCCUCCUAAAAAAAUAGCUAUAAUAGGGGCAGGAGUUGGAGGAUCUUCAGCUGCUUAUUUCCUUAGACAGAAGUUUGGUCACAAUGUUGGAAUUUAUGUCUAUGAAAAGGGUGCCAUUGGAGGUCGUCUGGCUACAGUUACUGUAAAUGGUCAACAGUAUGAAAUUGGUGGCUCUGUCAUUCACCCACUCAAUCUUCAUAUGCAAGAAUUUGUUAAACAGUUAGGGCUAAAGCACAGAAAAGGUGUCCCUGAGAAAGCGGCAAUCUUCAAUGGGGAUCACUUUGUGUUUGAAGAGACUGACUGGUAUCUCCAGGAUCUGUUUAAAUUGUGGUGGCGGUAUGGGUUUGGUUUACUGCGCUUGCAGAUGUGGGUAGAGGAAAUAAUGGAAAAGUUUAUGAGGAUCUAUAAGUAUCAGGCCCAUGGCUACGCGUUCAGUACAAUGGAAGAGAUGUUGCAGUCGUUGGGUGGAGAGCGUUUCAUUAACCUGACACAGCGCUCUGUGACAGAGACCCUGCAGGAACUGGGAAUCACUCAGCGGUUCAUUGAUGAAAUAGUUACUGCGGUUACCAGAGUCAACUAUGGCCAGUCGGCAUCCAUUCCAGCAUUUGUUGGAGCAGUAGCGAUGGCAGGAGUGCAGUCUGGCCUUUGGGCUGUGGAAGGAGGGAAUAAACUGGUUUGUUCGCAGAUGCUCGAAUCAGCAAAAGCCCACGUCAUCCACACCACGGUGACUUCUAUCUCUCUGCAGCAGUCAGGUGAUAAACCUCUUUACCAAGUGAAGUAUGAAAAUGAAAAUGAAGGUGGUUAUGAUUUCUAUGAUAUUAUAGUCAUCGCAACUCCUUUACAUCAUGAAACUACAAACAUCACCUUCAGUGGUUUUACACCACCUCUCACACCAUUUGCAGGUCAAUACAAACAUAUAAUUGUUUCUGUAGUUCAUGGUUACCUUAAUUCCUCCUAUUUUGGGUUCCCAGAUCCCAAGCUCUUCCCUUUUGCAACAAUUUUAACAGUAGAAAGUCCGAAGCUCUUCAUGCUUAGCAUAGGGAGUAUAUGCCCAGUGAAUAUCACCGCUAAUUACAGAAGAAAACAACCACAGGAAGCAGCAGUAUGGAAAGUCUUCUCCCCCAAACCCCUCGCUAAAGAACAACUGAAGACACUCUUCCGCUCUUACUACUCUGUGCAGGUCACUGAUUGGCUGGCAUAUCCUCAAUACAACUCUGGUAAAGGAAUUCCUCCCAUAAUUCUUCAUGACAACGUAUACUACUUGAAUGGUGUAGAAUGGACGGCAAGUGCCAUUGAAAUGAGUGCCAUUGCUGCCAAAAACAUAGCCUUGUUGGCGUACAGUCGGUGGAACCAACAUCUGGAUAUGAUUGAUCAGAAAGAUUUGGUACAUAAAAUCAAAACUGAACUGUGAGUAAGGGCACAGACAAUUUGAAGCUGAAUGAACAAACAGUUUUUGUUGUACUUGAACCUGUGGAUUUGAACUUUGAAUACAAUAGAAUCAGCUUCGCUAAUCUAAUGGUAAUUUAAUACAGAAUUAAACCCUGUUCUUGAUUGCUAAUCUAAUGAAUGAACUUAAAUUGUGAUUUUUUUUCAAAAAAAGUUUUUUUUCCCCCAAAAGCUGUAUCUUGGGUUUGAUUUAGCACUUCACAAAUGGAAAAGCUGGAGCCCAACACCUAUGUUUUUAGCAGGGGAAGACAAUGGAAAGCAAUUAGAUGAGCAAUGAUAUUGAACGAUGGUUUGACUACCUCUGCACAAUCAAAUUUCUUCGCCAUCAAUCUUCAGGCAAUUUUUAACCCAUCUUGAAGUGUACAAAGUAGUAUUUCAUAAAACCUGUAAAUGCUUUUGUUUUGUUGCUCACUGAACUCUGUAUAUGUUUUAACUGAAAUAUUAAUUGCACUGUUUGACAUUGUAGAGUCCUAGGAGCACAUCUCUAAUGUUUUAUUGUGAUGCUUUGGAUUAAGGUUUCAUAUCUGCAGCAUCACUGUGUAAAAUUACAGCAAGUAUAAUGGAAUGUGGCAGAAGCACAAUUUGCAACUACGGUGGUAGUAAUUUUUCUGAGUUUAAAUGUCAGCCAGGCCUCAAAUAGUGGUGGUCUUGGCUUUGUCAUGUUUUGAAGUUAAAGCACCAACCCAGUGUCUUGAGCACAUCUCCAGUCAUAUUUUAGAGCACGACUGAGGGGGGUCAGAAUUACUGAAGAUGCUGUCUUUCAGAUGAAGCACUUGUGACUUUAUUUUGAAGAAGAACAGAGGACCUCUUGCUGUUGUCGCAGCUUAUAGUUAUUUCUCAGUAAUCAUUACGAAGCAGAUCCUCACAUUGUGAAAUGUGGUCAGUAGAAAGGAAGCUCCCAACUGCUUCAGUGGUUGUAGAAUGCUUUGUCAUGUCCUGAAGUCAUGAAAGUUGCUGUGGAUAAAUUGCAAAUCCUUUCUCUUUUCAAUGCUUUUACCAUGCAAACAGUGCUACUUUAUUGCAUCUGAUUUAUUAACUUAAGGUAUAAGUGAAUUUAAUUUAGUUGGGACGAGGAAAACUCUUUAUAGCUGGGUAGCAGGAGCUAGGUCAUUAAAGUUUUUUGUACCUUUAA